GAGCAGUUACUUUCAGAAAAACGUUCUCCCCAUGCUAGAUCAUGAAUCGAUUUCACUCUGUUCUACCAUGGAAUGUGAACGAACCCCUCCAAAAAAGGGGGACCUCCGGAUGUACUAUUUUGCUGAUCACUUCACGGCAGCUCUAAUUCCUUUUCUCUUUGGUUCCCAUCAACCAUUCCUACAGAUACGACUCUGAUUUAACUUUAUCCUUACGGACUUAUCUAUAGUCUCUUCUCAUACUUUAUCUGUUGAUGAUUCUUUAAUCUUGUGUUUAUUUGAUUGGAUUUUGCUAAUUAUCAAUACUUGAUCAGAUGAUUCAGCAGCUUGUGCCUAUUAUCUUAUUUUGGUGCCCAUCAAUUGACAGUUGAAAUGCCCAACAAAUUUUCUGAGCCGAAUCUGCGUAUAUAAUUCCAUUGUUCCAACUAGAAUCAUUCAUGCAGGCCAACAACUCUGACAAGUUACUCUCCCGUGCAAUUAUACAAAGUCGUGAAUUGAUCGCUCCGUUCCACCAUGUGAUUGUGGACCAAUAACUCCAAAUUCUGAUAAGACCAGACUGGAAAGAAAUGAAUGCGUCAGGAUCAAAAUUCAAUGCAGCACUAUAUAACUUUGUUUGAGCGCGGGGCACUCAGCUUUUAUUUCUCCUCUUUGGCACCCAUCAACUGUUUUCUGUACGGAUACUGACGAGCCAAGAAUGAUUGGUG